AUGGCAUUCUAUUCCUGGUUUGUAGAGUUAUAUAAAGUAAAUGAUAGUAUAAGUGAAUUGAAAAUAUCAAUAAACUCAACUUCUCCAUAUUAUAGUAGAUUCUAUAUAUUAUAGAGUAGCGCUGCUUUGUAAUAGUGCUUUGCCUAACUAAAUUGAUUCCAAUAUCUAGAUAUAUAGUGAUGGUGCUUAAUAUUACAUCCUUUCAAAUGAGAUUUUAAUUUGCACAAUAGUAUAUCAUCAAUCAGGAAAUCUUACAGAUUAAAUUAUGUUUUAAUCAUAUUUUUAAGAAUUUAUUUAGAGUAACAAUAUAAUGAAUAAAGCAUUGAAAUCAGAUAAUAGUAAAAUAUUAUAAAUAACAUUAUCUUUGGCAGGAAUAGAAUUUGUCUUAAUUAUUGCUGCCAUAAAUUAUUAUGCAAAAUCAAUUGCAUUAAUAGUAGCUUCUCCAAUAGAUGAGUUAACACAUUCUUUAAGAAAUAUAGAUCAAAAUAACAUUGAUGAAUAUUUUUCAGAAAGAUUAUAAGGAGAAUCUUCUAAAUUAAUUCCUGAUGAAAUGAUAUUAUUAUUAAGAAGUGUAUAUGAUUUUAUUGGAAUAGUCAAAAUUGCAAAUGAAGCAUUCAUAUAAGGUAAUGAUGGUUAAGCAAUCAUUGGAUAUGCAGUUGCUAAUCAAUUUUAUUUAGAAAAUGGUAAUAAAUUAGGUGCAGGUGUCAUUUAAAAUAAUAUGGGAGUUAUUCAUAUAAGAAAUAGGAGAUUUUAAGAAGCCAUCUUUUGUUUUAAAGAAGCUAUAAUAUGUAUAUAAAAUGAAUGGGAAAAAUACAAACAUAAAUAUUCAAGUGUUGGAAUUCAUGAAGAUGAAUUAAUUGUUGAUUAAGAAUAUUAAAACUUAAGUAAAAUUGUUUUUAAUCGAUGUUUUAAUCUAUGUGAAGCUUUGGGUGAAUUUUUACUAUCUGAGAUUUUAGAACUUUAAGAAUUAUUAUUUACUGAUAAAACAUAACGAAAAUCAUUAUUUAAUGUAGAAAAUAUGAUGUAUACAUAAAUUGAGAAUACACAUGCUACGAGAUAAAAGGCUGUUUCAGUAUUUAAUUAGGAUAAAGAUGAAGAAUAGGAAGAAAUUGAAAAGAUUAUUAAAAUAAAAGGGAAUGCUAAAAGAAAUGUAAAUGACCUUUAAAAAUUAAAUGAUAUAAUGUUUACAAUUCGAUAAUAAUUUUUGGGGACUCAUGAUUUCAAAAAUAAUAUAAUAAUUCACAAUAUUGAAACAGUUAAUGAAAAGGAGAUAGAGUUCCUAAUUAAUCAAUUAUGGAGAGACACCAUAAAAACUUAUGAGUAUUGUUAGGAAAUAAUGUAAUUUCAUUUAAAUAAGACAAAGUAGAAGUAAUUAUAUAUUACUUUAAAAUUGAUUAUUGGAUAUUUAUAAAAUGGAUAAAUGAAUAAAAGUGAAGAUUUAAUUAAGAUUGCUUAUGAAUAAUAUAAUAAGAUUUAGUAAUAAAAUGAUGAUAGGGAAUUAGGACAUAUAUCAUUACUAGAAUAAAAACUAUAUUUAUAUCAUGGAUUAAUUCUUUAUAAGAAAAAUAUAAAACUAGAGGCAGCAUAAUUACUUAUAAAAUCUUUAUGUGUGAAUGGUAAAUUUAGUAGUAGAGAUAGAUUAUAAGCUUUAAUCAUGUUGAAAGCAAUAUUUUAAUAUAACAAUAAAUCUUUAAUCAAAAUUAAUGAUUUUUUAAUACAAUUUCAGCCAAUUGCAAAAGAUUGGAUAUUUAUUUUAGAUGGAAGUAAAAAUAUGAAAUAAGACUUAGCUAUAGUAAGAGCAAGUCGAACAUUUCAUAAUUUUAUUAAAAAUAUUAAUUCAGCAAAUGAUAGAGUGAGUUUAGGGAUUCUGAGAGAAAAUUACUAUGAAUUUGUUCCACUAAUUGGAAAAGUCGAAAAUGCUUCCUACAUAGAUAAAACAUUCUAAUUGAUUCCAAAACCAAAAGGAAUUUGUAAUACUACAUUAAUAAGCUCAAUUGCUGAUAAGUAUUUUGCUCAUCCUAAUUUAAUUACUAUAGGAAAUAAUCGAUAUUUAACCAAAGACGGAGUUGCUAUUAUGAGAUACAAAAAAGUCAUAAUAUUCGCUUGUUGGAAGUACGAGAAUGUUGCAAUCAAAGCCCAUGAUGAUAUUAUUAUUAUUUAUUUUGGCCGAGAUUAUGACAAACUACAAUUAAGAUAGUAAGUUAAUGUACUGUUAGAAGAUGAUUGGAAUAAAGUGUUGAACAAAUAUCAAUAACUAUUAACUGAGUAGAAUGAUAGUAAUUACUUUUUAGAAUAAAUAUUAUGA